GGCGAAUCAGUGCAAGUCGAGAGCUUCAACAAUGCGGACGUGUUUAAUCCUAUUGAUAUUUGUGGCGGGUGCUCUGUCCCUUUGUAGUCUGAGCCCUCGGGAUCCGUUCCCAAUGGUCGCCAAGAGAAUUGGCAGCAAAACGGCGAUCCUCAAAGGAUCUUCAACGCCAACGUUGCGUCUCUCUCUCAACGAGACGGUAAUCUUCUAUUGUCCCCAAGGCCUUGAGAUCAGUAGAGUUGAAAAUACCAAUUAUUAUAACGGGUACUAUAACUCAAACAACAAUUACAACGAUAACAAGAAAAAAAUAAAUGGGCCCACGGCUAACCUGAAGUGUGGAAAAGAUGGUAUCUAUUCGGAUGGCACCCGGAUCCAAGAAUCUAUAACUGGUAGUUAUAUUAAAUGCAGUACCGCUGCGAGUCAAGUACUUUAUGAGAGCACUAAAAGCUUGUCGGGCUGCGAUGCGGAUGCAAUGACACUGAUCGUUGGCUAUAAGCUGCCAGGAUUAUCGGAUGUGAAGCAAUUGGCCAUGUGUUACGAUUUGGGUGCAUCACGACUACGUUUCGUCAAAUUCAUGGCAUAUCCGCCCCAGAAUAUAUUGUUGGACAUGUCGAAAACUGAUCAAGUGCUCAAUGAACUGAAUUUGGACAAAGUUAUUGAUAGUUUGCCCGAUUAUUUUCACUAUACCAGCGAUUCAGAGUUCCAACAGCUCAUAUCUGAUCAGAAACAGUUUGGGGAACUCUACGAUUCAAAAUUAUUUGAAUAUUCCAGCCUGUUGCAGGAUCAACAACAGUUGAAGGACCUAGACGACUACAAAUAUCUGCUGAAAAUUGUGUGGCUUCGAUCAUUGCGCCAAGGCAACUGGAAGCAUUGGCUGGAAGCGUUGCGCGUUGCCAACGAUGACAAUGACGAGAAGUUCGAGUUGCGCAUAGGAGUUUCAGGGGUGGCAACACUGCCACUUGCCCAACGGUGCAAUGUCAGUCGCAGUUUGCAGCUGGAGGACGGAAAGGGCAACUCUCUCACAGUGCCUGCGUAUAUUUGGGCUCAUGUUCGCUCUCUGCAGCCAGAGGGAAAUGCCGCCGAUGAAUUUGUUCUUGUCGCACACAAUUCCCCCUACGUCAAUGUCUUGGAGUUGGGCACACUCUGUGAUGAUAUUUGUUCUGAGAUCCCGUGGCUGAGCAACAGUCUCUUUGGUGGAUUACACUUGUUGCCGAUGUACGGAGUUGUUCACUGCUGUCGCAUGGAUGCAGUUGAUAAGCUAACGGAAUUUCCAUUUGAUAAACAGCAACAACAACCGAUGUUAUCAGAAGAAGUGUUAACUACGAUUUCGACAACUACUAAUGAUGUCGAUUUUCCAAAAUUCGAUUUCGACAACUACUAAUUUUAUAAAGAAUAAAUAACAAUUCAUCAGUGUAUA